UCUUUGGUAUUACUUUGUCAUAUACUCUCUUCUUUUUGGUUAUGUUAGGAUAUCUUAACGUGUAUGGAAUUUCUUUCCUAGGUUCAUCUAUCCAAGAAUUCAGAAAAAAUUUUUCGUCGUGCGAAUUUCAUAAAAAAACAUCAAGAUGGGUCGGAUGCACACACCUGGUAAAGGUAUUUCAAAAUCGGCAUUGCCAUACCGUCGUAGUGUAGCAACAUGGUUGAAAUCAUCAGCUGAAGAUGUUAAAGAUCAUAUUUUCAAAUUGGCCAAAAAAGGUUUAACUCCUUCAAAAAUUGGUGUUAUUCUUAGAGAUUCCCAUGGUGUGGCUCAAGUAAGAUUUGUAACUGGCAACAAAAUUCUUAGGAUUAUGAAAGCAAUGGGUUUGGCUCCAGGUCUCCCUGAAGAUUUGUACCAUUUAAUCAAGAAAGCUGUUGCAAUCAGGAAGCAUCUAGAAAGAAACAGGAAAGACAGAGAUUCCAAAUUCCGUCUUAUUUUGGUUGAGUCACGUAUUCACCGUUUGGCUAGGUAUUACAAACGGAAAUCAAAGAUUGCACCCAACUGGAAAUACGAGUCCAGUACUGCUUCAGCCUUAGUUGCUUAAGUACACUGUUUUAUUUGUAUGGACAUUUGACAAAAAAAAUACAACUUAUGUUUAAGUUA